UCAUUUGAGAAAAAGGUUGACAAGUUUAAUAUAAUUUUCAAAGUUCAUAAUUUUAUUCUCAUUGUAGUAUAUAGAUUAGCUUAGGUUUCUUGUCAUAUUUUCCUUUUUAUCCCAUGUCGGUGAACAGUUUGUUGACAUGAAAGACUACAUGGACAAGUCAAUUAUGAAUUUACUUAAAGAUCUAAAGUCCAUGUUUGGCAGGCAAACUGAAACUCCUGAAGCUAAGAUGUCUGGCAGUGUUAAGGAUGUUACAAAAGAACCAAAGACAAGCAACAAGAAUGAUGGACUUCAGCACAACCUAUAUUUUCAUUUUGAUGAACCGAUAGGUGAUUUUGACAUUGGUGGGCAGGAUGUAAGUGAGCAAAUAUCCAAUCACAUUGUAGUAGAUGCAUCUGCUUUGAAGAAUGGGAUUAAUGCUUCUAUUCCAGUUGGUGAGCAAGUUGGAGAUGGUGAAGCAUGUGAUAAAUAUAUAGUUGACCCAGACGAAUUGAAGAGUCAUCCUAUUGAUACUCUGAUUUCAGAACAUAAUCUAGAUGAUGUGGUUGCUGACAUUGAUAAGUUGGGUGCUUUGGGCAAUUCUGCCACUAAGACCCCUACCCUUGAUGAUUUUGAAAUGCCUCCAUUUACCGAGUCUCAAAUAGUAGCGAUUGAAACCAAAGGUGGUGACAUCGUUACACCUGAACAACAAGCAAGAAAUAGAAAUCCUGGACCGUAUGGUAAAUCACCAUACACUGAUUUUAGUUCAGGCGGCAGCAGCACAAUCAAUUCUCCUACAUACUUUCACAUUAAACACCCAUUCACAAAUUGCAUUGGCUUUGAUGUUGACAAUGAUCUGAUCACCGAAUUUAAGGAUUGGGUGAAAUCGAAAAUGUCUACAAGACAUGGGAGGGAAUCAGUGUUAUCUAAAAAGGCCAAUAAGAUUGUGAAUCCUUUUAAUAUGGGAGUUGAUACAGUCAACAAAAUGGAGUGGUUCCACACUAUACUGACUACUGGAAAGUGUUGGCAAGACUCGGUACGUUGUCUUGAACCUAUAAAUUGUCUGACUAUGAUUUUUGACUUCCACAGUGUAUGA